UCAAUUUAUUAUCAUAGUUGCAAUAUUGAUUAGAUGUAUUCAUUGAUUCGCAGUUAACUUGGCACCAUUUGGCACUGUGCAUUGUGCACAAUUGUGAUUUGACAAGAGUUAAAACGGGUCAAGUAAUAUCUUGAACAUCCGCGACUAAAGAUUGAGGAAGUUGGGUAAAGCAAUGAUAUCUUAGUAUAAGUGUUGGUAAGAAGUUCGUAAAAUGACAUUACCAUAACUUUUAUAUAUUUAGUAUUGCACUUUUUUCCUUUAUAGUAGGUAAUUCAAGCAAAAUGUUGAGACAUUCAGUAAUGAGAGCUUCUAGCCUCUCAUGUGGUAGAUUGGGGAUUCAUACAUCUCCAAAAUUACAGCAAGAACUCGUAGAGCUUUUCAUAGAUGAUAAACCUGUUCAAGUUCCACCAGGAACAACAGUCCUACAGGCUGCUGCAACUGUUGGAGUAGAAAUUCCAAGAUUUUGUUAUCAUGAGCGUCUUGCUGUAGCUGGAAAUUGUAGAAUGUGUUUAGUUGAGAUAGAGAAACAAGUAAAACCAGUCGCAGCUUGUGCCAUGCCUGUAAUGAAAGGAUGGCGAGUAAAAACUAAUUCUGACUUAACUCGAAAAGCACGAGAAGGUGUCAUGGAAUUCUUAUUGGUGAAUCAUCCUUUGGAUUGUCCAAUUUGUGAUCAGGGUGGCGAAUGUGAUUUGCAAGAUCAAAGCAUGGCUUUUGGUGGUGAUAGAAGCAGAUUCAUUGAUAUUAAUUUCACUGGGAAGAGAGCAGUACAAGAUAAAAAUAUGGGUCCUCUGGUUAAAACAGUAAUGACCAGAUGUAUUCAUUGUACAAGAUGCAUUAGAUUUGCUUCUGAAGUUGCUGGCAUUGAUGAUUUAGGAACAACAGGUCGUGGAAAUGCUAUGGAGGUAGGAACAUAUGUUGAGAAGAUGUUUUUAUCAGAACUAUCUGGUAACAUCAUUGAUUUGUGCCCUGUUGGAGCUCUAACAAGUAAACCAUAUGCUUUUGUUGCUCGUCCUUGGGAAACACGCCGUACAGAUAGUAUUGAUGUCCACGAUGCAGUUGGUAGUAAUAUAGUUAUUUCUCAUAGAACUGGAGAAGUUUUAAGGAUUCUACCAAGAGUAAAUGAGGAAAUAAAUGAAGAAUGGUUGUCUGACAAGUCUCGCUUUGCUUGUGAUGGCUUAAAAUGUCAAAGGCUUAUAACACCUAUGAUAAAAAUUAAUGGUAAACUAGAAAAUGUUAGCUGGGAAGAUGCACUUAUUGCAGCUGCAAAGGAAAUAUGUUGCGCAUCAAAUAAAUGUGCUGCAAUUGCUGGCAAACUUGCAGAUGCAGAAGCUCUUGUAACUUUGAAAGAUUUUAUAAAUAAAAUAGGAAGUGAAUCUCUAGCAACAGAACAGAGUUUUCCAAAAGAUGGUGCUGGUAUUGAUUUAAGAAGCAAUUAUCUUUUGAACAAUACUAUAGCCAAAGUCGAAGAUGCAGAUGUUGUUGUAUUAAUUGGUACAAAUCCAAGAUAUGAAGCACCACUAGUGAAUACUCGUCUUAGAAAGGGAUAUAUUCAUGGUGAACAAAUUAUUGCUUUGAUAGGUCCUGAUGUAGACCUAACAUAUGAUCAUGAGCAUUUAGGUGAUUCAUUAGAUAUAAUAACUCAAUUAAAGAGUGGUACUCAUCCAUUUUGCUCAACUCUAAAGAAUGCUAAAAAGCCACUCAUUAUCUUAGGUGCAGAGCAGUUAACUCGAAAAGAUGGAGCUAAUAUUCUUGCUGAAACACAAGCUCUAGCCAAAGCUUUGGAAAGUACUUCGAAAAUCAGCGGAGAAUGGAAAGUAUUGAAUCUGCUUCAUACAAAUGCAUCACAAGUAGCAGCAUUAGAUAUUGGUUAUAAUUCAACUGUAGAAAAAAUUAAACAAGAACAACCAAAAGUAUUAUUCCUUUUAGGAGCAGAUGAUGCAAACAUUACAAAGGAAAAUUUUCCUAAUACAUUCAUUAUUUAUAUAGGUAGUCAUGGUGAUCAAGGAGCUACUAUCGCAGAUGUUGUGUUAGCUGGUGCAGCAUAUACUGAAAAAAAUGCUAGUUAUGUUAACACGGAAGGACGUGCACAACAAACUUGUGCAGCUAUUACACCUCCUGGUAUGGCACGUUCAGAUUGGAAAAUUAUUCGUGCUCUUUCUGAGAUAUGUGAUAUGACUUUACCUUAUGAUGACUUAAAUGAUGUACGAUUAAGAUUAGAGGAAGUUUCACCGCAUUUAGUCAGAUAUGGUGAUUUGGAACCAGCUAAUUUCUUUGCAGAAGCAUUGGAAUUAUCCAAGGAAACAAAAGGUUCAUUCUUACCAGAUCCAAUAAAUAUAAAACAAAAAUCAUUGGAUCAAUUUUUCAUGACUGAUGCUGUGUCACGUGCUUCUCCAACUAUGGCUAAAUGCGUUCAAGCAGUUAUAAAACAGCGUCAGAAUGAAAUAUAAAUGAUAGCAUUAUUAUGUAUAUAAAUAAAGUUGUGUAAUAAUAGAGAAACAAUAAUUAUAGAUUAAAUUAUUUAAAAGCUGGAUACCAAUUUAUGUGUAUCUGUAGUCAUCGAUACUAUAAGAAUAAAUAAACAUGAUAAAUAAAUAA